GUACUACUGUAGUAGAGUAGGGGACCCGUAUCAAAUCAACCAUCGCCGGCCGCCGCCGCCGCCGCCGCUCCAAUCCCGAUCCCGAUUCGAUUCGAUUCGAUUCGAUUCCGGCGGCCGCCCGCCCUCUCCUCUCCUCUCCCCUCCCCUCCGGACCACCGCGUUCGGCGAUGCGCGGCGGGCGCUCGGGGGGCGGCGGCGGGCUGCGGAACCCGUGCCUGACGAUGCACCAGCCGUGGGCAUCGCUGCUGGUGCACGGCAUCAAGCGCGUGGAGGGCCGCUCCUGGCCGUCGCCGGUCACCGGCCGCCUCUGGAUCCACGCCGCCUCCAAGGUGCCCGACCCCGACACCGUCGCCGCCAUGGAGGACUUUUACCGGGAGAUCUACGCCGUCGACGGCGUCCACCACAUCGACUUCCCCCGCCACUACCCCGUAUCCCGCCUCCUCGGGUGCGUCGAGGUGGUCGGCUGCGUCAGGUCCGAGGAGCUCGUCUGCUGGGAGGACGUGCCUCAAUCAGUCCGGCUUGAAGGCUUGACUGACUUCUGCUGGCUAUGCGAGAAUCCCCAGAAGCUGGUGGUUCCCUUCGAGAUGCGCGGUUACCAGGGUGUGUACAAUUUGGAGAGAAGGGUCUACGAGGGAGCAGCCAGGGGCCUUUCGCCUGUUCAAGGUCCACUGCCGGUCAAGUUCCCGCUUCCAGAUCCCAGAAACCCCUUAUCUCUCAAGCCGGGAUCUCUCAAUUUCGAGUCUUCAAAGUCCGUCGUGGUCAAGACUGAGAGUGUUUCUGCAGCAAUAGCCGGGGCUAGAGCUGCCGCGACUCAGUAUUCGAGGAAGGGUGCUAGUGCUGCCACUAGUAGUGAGAUUCAAACUCGAGGGAAAUCGAGAGAGAAUCAUGCCGAUAGCAGUUCAGGGAGUGGUACUCUGCCGUCUGCUGCCCAGAGGAGGAGUCCACCUCAUCCGCAAAACCACGAUCCAUCCCCUGUUGUCCACAACACUCCAUCCCAUCCGCAAAACCAGGAUCCAUCUCCUGUUGUCCAGAACAGUUCAUCCCAUCUGGUUAACCAGAAUCCAUCGCCUGUUAUCCAGAACAGCCCAUCCUACUCGCAAACUCGGAAUUCUCAGUAUAUUGCUCAGAGCAGUCCAUCCUACUCACAAACUCGGAAUCCUCAGUAUAUUGCUCAGAGCAGUCCAUCCUACUCGCAAACUCGGAAUCCUCAGUAUAUUGCUCAGAGCAGUCCAUCCUACUCGCAAACUCGGAAUCCUCAGUAUAUUGUUCAGAGCAGUCCAUCCUACUCGCAAACUCAGAAUCCUCAGUAUAUGGUUCAGAGCAGUCCAUCCUAUUCGCAAACUCAGAAUCCUCGGUAUAUGGUUCAGAGCACUCCAUCUUAUUCGCAGAACCAGAGUCAAUCGUCCAAUAUCCAGAGCACUCCAUUUUAUUUCCAUGACCAGAAUCAAUCGCCCAAUGCCCACAACAGCCCAUCCUAUUUCCAUUAUCAAAAUCAAUCUUCCACUGUCCACAACAGUCCAUCCUAUUCUCAUAACCAGAAUGCACUAUCCAAUGUCCAGAGCCGCCCAUCCCAUUUGCAAAACCAUAACCCAUCUCCCGUUGCCCAUAACAGUCCAUCAUUUUUGCAACACCAGAACGCCGAGCCUCGGAGAAGUCCCAGGCUACAGAGUGGAGCUCCCCACAGGCUCGUUGCAGUGGCGCUGAGAGACCUGAAGCAAUCAAGCUUGCGCGAGAGCGGGGAGCAGUCGUCAGCUCCCAGAAGCUGGCCUGAAUAAUCUGACGAUGAUUUAAGGUCCUUAUUCGUCGGUGCGGCAUUGUGUGACGAUACCGUCUCCUUCAAUUGUGUACAUUGUAGCAUUUACCUGUACGUUUCCGACUGAAGGUAGCAUAGCGUAGCAUGAUAGUGUGGUCGUGAAUGUGUAAGGGGCGGCGCUGUGCCGUGUCCUGUUGAGCUUUCACUGCAAGGCGUUGCAGGUCAUGUAUCUCAUGUAACAUACUGGAACUUUGUUUUUCAUUCUGAAAUAGUUCCUUCAUGUAUAUGAAUUCUAUCUUCUUCCAGGAA